ACGGUGGGAGGGGGAGACUUCAUGUUGCCAUGAUUUAGCAAACACCAGUGAGCGCUAGCUGCCCUGCUACCUGCCUGCUAAACACCUGCAGCCACUGAAAUCCGAUAAACCCACUGAGACUGUCGGUGCUGCUUCCCUGAGAGGACGGGCUAACGAAGCUGUUAGGAAGGGUUAACGUCGCUGGCACAGACACACUGCUCUUAAAACACACUGUGCCAAAGCCCAGCCUGCUAGCACGCUAACGUUAAGCUAACAUGAGAGUGCAAGAAGUCUGCCGAGCUAGCUUAGCUUCAGUUAGCUUGUAGCUAGCUCAGCAGAAACACUCAGUUGUUAUUCCUCAGUCACUAACCUCCUUAUUUAAUUCUGUAUUUAACAGUUAGCUUGUUACAAACUGCCUGAUAACACUAUAACCAGUCAAACACACAGAGUUAAGCUAGCUGCUGCUGCUGCUUCUGGUGGACGUUAGCUGGUCAGAUUACAUAACAGGAUCCCCGCCAUGCACACAAAUCCUCCACACAGACCCGGGUCCUCGGGUCCACCUACCUCCACCAGCGCCUCCAGCUUGCCCUCGAAGGUGAAGUCGAUCAGGUCCGGCUUCAGACACAAGCCGUAGUUAACGGGGUACACGUCAGUGGGUAGCCGUACGAAGGGCCUCCUUUCGGGCAUGGUUCCUGUGUUGUGUCCGCUAACGGAGACGGUGCUGUGUGUGAGUCUCAGCUUUAUUAAUACAGAGCAGAAGGGGCCUCGGCGGGGAGGACUCGGCGGCAGGGAGGACGGACAGCAGGCAGUGAGUCUGUGUGAGAAUGACAGCGGUACCCUGCGGCCCAGGAGCAACAACAUCAACUGGAACCCUCUCAGCUGCACUGCCAGCUACACUUCUGUCCUCGUAGACAACCAAACAACUCAAGUUAAGCAGCGUCGACCUACAGACACGGUUUUAUUUUGAAGGAUGAAACCGGAAGUAGCUCUGUUACGUUCUGUCAAAUGGAGGCAAGAUGGCGCUGCCCAUGAGGAGGACGCUGGUGGCUCUCCACAGAGCAACAUGCAGCAAUUUAAAGAAUGCCGAUGUGGAUGUGCGGCCCCCUCUCCCACUUGUCCUCCCCUUCCGGACCAAGAAGAGGUACUUCAUCCCUCAAGCUCCGGGGGCAAAGGAGAAGAGGCAGGGGAACCCUGAGGCCAAGGCCAAAGCAGCCGGCCUCGUCUUCAGGCAGCAGUACUUUGAGAGGCCCAUCAACAUCGCCUGCUCGGCGGGAGUCUUCGACCCGUACAUCCCCCCUGAAGGAGACGCCCGUCUCUCCAGCCUCUCCAAAGAAGGCCUGAAACAGCGAACCGAGCAGAUCCGACAGUCCGCCACCUCACAGCUCGCGAUUCGUAAAAUCAAGGAGCACGACUCAGAGUUCACAACAAAAGGCUUCGCAGUGAGAGCGCAGGAGAUCUUCAUCGAGGCUCACCACGCCCUGGCAAACUUCGACAAAGCGAAACUUCACUCCCUGGUGACCGAGCGCUGUUAUCCUGAGAUGACUCGGGGGAACCGUUACAAAUCCAUCCGUUGGAGGUUCAUAGAGUCCCUGGAGCUGCCCAAAGUGGUCCACGCUCGCUGCCCUGACAUGGUGACUAAAGGCAACAUGUACGGCCAGGUGACGGUCCGCAUGCACUCUAAACAGACUCUGGCCAUCUACGACCGCUUCGGGAGGCUGAUGCUGGGCAGCGACGAGCAGCCGAAGGACGUCUUGGAGUACCUGGUCAUAGAACGGCAUCUCGUCAACCCCUACGGCCGGUGGAGGUUACACGGGAAAAUAGUGCCGUCCUGGGCUCCAGCCAAAGACCCCAUUAUUAAGACCGUCAUGAUUCCUGGUCCCAAUCUGAAGCCUGGAGAAGAGUUCGACGCCCUCAGCUAUGAAGUACCCAAACCAGAGGCUGUUCAGUGGAGUAAAUAGACCACCAGGCGGCGCUGCUGUUCACAUCAAACCAUAAUAAGACUUGGAGCCAAACAGUGUUGAAAUGUUGGCUGUGGCUGGUUAGUUUGUCUUCCUUGGCAGGACACCAGGCUUCCUUUUGGAGGGUCUUAUCGGGCUUAAAAUGCUGCCGGCUGCUGAAACGCUGGAAGCAGCAGGUGAGUUAAAGGAUGAACAAACGGCUGUGAGCAGCAGCCAGUAAACCUGGGUCUUUCACAGCAGCUGAUAAUGGAAGAAUAAUCACCACUCUUCUUUUCAUGGCUUCAAACCACCCCCUUGUUUCACUCUUUUACCUUCUUUUUUUUCAUGAGAAUAACUUAAUGUGCACACGAUGAAUAAAAUGUACAAAUCUCCAGAAA